AUGGCUUGCGUUAGUUCAUCAUCACAACAAAAAAUUCAACACACAAGUCUUCGUCAUCGUGCUACUAAACAUCAACAAACGAUGAUGAGCAGAUCAAAAUUUCUGAUUGGCUUGUUGUUGGUGGCAACUUGUGUCAUCCUUGCCCUGCUACCAGCAGAAGCCCGUCGAGUAAGAGCCAACUCUGUCUUACAGAGAUGUCAAUCCAUUGGUGAUCCACACUAUGUUUCAUUCACAGGAAAGAAAUAUGACUUUUAUGGCGUCGGUGACUAUGUGUUGGCAGAAACUGUUGACAAGUCAUUCGUUGUGCAUGCAAGAACAGGAAAAUGGAAUAGAGUAUCCGUCAAUACUGCCUUUGCUGUUAAAAUCAAUCAAAAAGAUUCCUUUGAAUAUGAUACCAAAACCAAUUCCUUCUAUUUGAACGGAAAGCAAACCAAAGUGAAUGUGGGUCAAACCAUUGCAUUGAGUGGAUCUGUUGCCACCGUCAAACGAGUAUCUUCCAACUCAUUAAUCAUCUCUUCAAAGAAUGGAGCUCACUUGACUGCUACAUGGCACAGGAGUCCAUCAUUCAGAAGUGCCUAUGGUUCCUUUGGACACAUCUCAUUGAUUCUCGAUGCUCCAAGAACUUUGAACUUCUCUUCGGGUUUGUGUGUUUCUCGUUCCUACCUUUCUCGAUCUGCAACAGGUAUUCUGCACAAUCAUAAGGAAAGAAGAAUUGAGAGAAGAGUCCAACCAAAGAAGCCAACCAAGAAACAACUCAAGAGAGCUCGUCGAGUGUGUAGAAAGGUUGGUUUGAACAAACACAAGAAUCCAAAUGCUUUCCAUGCUUGUGUGGUUGAUCAAAUUCAAGCUGGUAAGAGACUUGGUAAAGACUUUGCCAAGACCAUUGUCAAGGUUAAAAAGUUAGAGAAGAAGAAGAGCAACAAGUGGAAGAAACAAGCCAAGAAGAUCAUUAAGAAGGUUAAAAAGGCAAGACGUGCUGCUCGAAAGGCCAUCCUUAAGAAGGUAAAGAAGACCAAGAAACUUGCAAAGAAGGCAAAGAAGGCUGUUCGUAAACUUUUGAAGAAACUUCAUAAGGCUCUGAGAAGAAAGAAACUCAAAUCCAGAAGUGCUCGUCGUGCCAGACGUAGACUCAUCAAGCGUUUGAAGAAGGCUCUGAGAAGAAAGCAAAGAAUUGCAAGACGUCGUGCAAGAGCUGCUCGUCGUGCCAAGAGAAGAGCUGCUCUCAAGAAGGCCCGUAGAAAUAGAAGACGUGCAUUGAGAAGACGUGCUGUUCUUAAGAAGCUUGCCAAGUUGAAGAGAAGAAAGGCUUUGAAGAGAAGAGCUGCUGCCAUCAAGAAGUCUCUACGUAGAAGAAUUGCAAGACGUCGUGCUGCAUUGAGAAGACAACGUGGUAAGGCUUCCAAGAGAAGAGUUGCUCGCCGUGCUUCUGCUGCCAAGAGAAGAGUUGCUGCCAUCAAGAAGGCUCUUAGAAGACGUGCUGCAUUGAAGAGAGCUGCUCGUCGUGCCCUUAUUAAGAGACAAAGAAAGCUCAAGCGCCGUGCAUUGAAGAGAGCAAGACGCAUCAUACGUGCUGCAUUGAAGAGAGCUCGUCGUGCUUGUAAGAGGGCUAAGAGACGUGCUUUGAAGAGAUCAAGAAAAUUGACAAGAAAGGGUAAACAUGCAAAGCGUGUCGCAAGACGGGCCAUCAAACGUGUCAGAAAACUCCUUGCCAAACUGAGAAUUUCUAAAUCCAAGCGUGCUGCUAGACGUGUAAGACGUGCUUUGAGAAGAGCAAGACGUGUGGCAAGAAAGCUCGUAAGACGCUCUCGUCGUGUCUGUAAGAAGGUGAAACGUGCUUUGAAGAAAAACAAACGUGCUAAACGAGUAUGCAAGAAGCUCAAGAGACGUGCUUUGAGAAGAGCAAGAAAGGCCAAGCGUGCCAUCUUGAAGAAACUUAGAAAGAGAGCCUCUCGCAGAUACAACAAACUCAUUAAGAGAAUUUCCGCAACUGUGAUCAAGAGAAAGACUUCUCGAAAGAUUAGAAAAUUGUUGAAAAAGGUCUUGAGAAAACAAAGAAAGUUGGGUAAGAGAUAUUGUCCAAAGAAACACUUACCUCGUAAGCUUAAGAAGGUCUUGAAGGCUUUGAAGAUCAAGAUUCACAAGUGCGGAAAAGGAAAGGUAAGAAGAGUCCGUAGAAGACACAGAGGUGGUAGAAAGGCAAGAAGAGCCGGCAGAAGAGUCUCAGUGAUUGGUAGAAAGCUCGCAAGAGCUCUUUUACGUGUUUCUAAAUGUAAGAAGAAUUAA